AUGCCUUCACCAGCACUACUCGCAGCUGCACUCAGCACCGUCCUCCUCACUGCCGCCUCCCUCUCGGCGCCGUACACGACCCUUUCGUUGCUCACCCUCGUUUCAGGGGACACGUGGGUGCGAUUUGGCGUCUUUGGCUUCUGCACGCCAGACGGAUGUACGGCGUUGUGGCCUUACCGCUCCCCAUUGCUGGAUGGGAGCCAGCGCUACCUCAUGCUGCUGCCGAUGGCCGCCGUGGCUGAAGCCAUACUCGCAAUACUCGUCCUGUCCAGCAGACGCGGUCUAAUAGUCGCGCGAUUCGGUGCCCUCGUGGGCGCGGGAAGCGUGUGGACACUAUACGCCCUGCGUGCUGGCGCCAAGUGGCCGCUGGAGGGGAUCGACGGUGGCGCCGGCGACCUGUGCGGCGUCGGUGGCGGAGUGGGAGCCAUCACCGCCUGGCUGCUGAGCUAG